AUCUUUACAAGCAACUAUCACCGGUUCUUCUUCAUAUCGAAAAUGGGGAAGUCAGCUUGUUCUCUGUUGGUCUGUUUACUGGCAGUAAUAUGUUCUCUACUGCUGGUGACAACCACAACAACAAAAACGAUGGCGUCGGCGGCGGCCCCAGUUUCAGAUGAUGGUAAAAACUUCAUCUCAAUAACAUCGAAACAGCUCGAAAAAGGCAAAAAAACUUCUCAUAAGAAGAAGCCGCCUACUGCGUUACCUUCUCCGCCUCCUCGGCCAUCGUCGCUCCCUCCUCUACCACCACCACAACCACCAUCAGCGUCUCCACCUUCGCUGGCACCAUCUUCAUUGCCUCCUCCUCCGCCAUCGUCGUUUCCACCUCUGCCAGCUCAACCGCUACCUUCUCCGCCACCUCCACACCCAUCCUCCCCUCCAUCUCCUCUACCAUCAGGACAAACUCCACCUCCACCACCACCACCGUCGUUUCCGGCUCCACCACCUUCAGUUAUUCUUCCAUCGCCGAAUUGUGUGAUGCCUAGUAUGGAAUGCCAACCAACCACACGAUGCUGCAAUGUUAGGGCGAACAAUACUCGCGGUUACGCUUACGCGUCGUGUAACUUUAACAAAUGUUGCGUUGGAACCAAUGGAGAAUGCCAGAUAGAUGGAGAUUGCUGUUUCAGAUCAGAUGUGACAAUGAAGUGUCAACAAGGAUACUGCACCGAAACCGCAAAUCCACCAAUUCCUAUUGAAUGA